AAAAGACCGAAGCCUACUGAAAAUGUGUUAGCUAAAAAUUAGAAACAAUCUCAUGACUCAAGUCAUCUAUUCUAUUCGAGUGUGAGAGUCUGUCUUAGUACUUUGGCUUGGAUCACGGAUUUUGAUAGGAAGCGUGAUCCUCGUAGAGGUAAACAACGUCUGUAGAGGUAAACACGUUCACCUAGGUAGGCUAAUGCUUAGAAUAACUUAGUAAUUAGUAAGAAACCAUUUGCAGUCCAAGACUCAUACUCUUCUUAAUCUUACUCUUAAUUUAAUGUAGUAUGUAGGCCUAUGUAGUCUAAGACUAAGAGCACUAUCACUAAGUUUCAGUAAGUAAGUAACACUGAACACUAACUUCACUAUCACUAAGUAAAGUUAGUUUAGUUAAGUCUAAAAAAAACUUUAAAAAGUGUGAUUUUAAAAAGGCUGCGGCUAUUCAUUACCGGGGCGAGAAGUGGAGUUUGGGUUCAUUAAAAAAUAUUUUAAAAUUAUUGUAGGGUUUGUAAGACAAAAUUAGGUAUCAAAUGAAAGAUAAUUGAAUGGACUAUAUUUUUGUAAACCUACUAAACUUACUUCUUCAGUUUAACUUUAACUAAAAUAAACUACAGCAAAUGACAUCCAAAUAGCAUUUAGUCAAAAUGGACCCGGACACGCAGACCCGCUAUCCCGACCCGGAUCCCUUUAGACUCAAUGCUAUUCGGAUGUCAUUUGUGGUAGUUUAUUUUAGUUAAACUGAAGAAGUAAGUUUACAAACAUAUAGUGACUAUAAUAGUCCAUUCAAUUAUCUUUCAUUUGAUACCAAAUUUUGUCUUACAACCAAACAAUAAUUUUUUUUUUUAUUUUAAUCCCAACCUCUCACUUCUCAGACCCGGGUCCGAAUAGCCACUUUGUUUUAAAAAAGAGCAGUGCAUAGUGCAAGAACCACUUUAUUAUAAUAUAGUAUAGAGUAGUAAGAAUAGGCUGCCGCCUAAGUAUAGAGACAAUAAUAUAGGCAUAUCUUUUAAUUCGGCUACAGCUAUUGGUAGUAUAGUAGUAAAAUACUUCUACGGAGCUGUUGAGUAAAACAGAGUAGGGUUAAACCUGAAAAAAUAAACGCAACAAAACAGCGAACGUGUCGGCAGAAAGCCUUCGUCAGCGAACAAAACAACAGAAAAAACUCAUUUUAUUUUGCACUAACCUGAUUGCAGUCUCUCCCCUUAUUACCCCUACGGAGCUGUUGGUACUUUACUGCCUGUAGCUUCGAGGUAGCUAUUGGUAGUUUACUAUCAAAAACUACAAAUUCAGUAAUUGGUGAUAGAGUGAUGUAGUGCAGUAUUGACUUAGUAUAAUAGGUAGUCACUAUUUUCUUAAUUACAUCUCUUAAACUUAAAUCACUCUUUAAGUUUCAGAUUAAGUAGGGGUAUGAGUAUGUGAAAUUCCAACUUAUUGUGUCAUUAAUACAAUAUGUUGCCAAAAAAUGUGCUGACAUUUUAGUUUUAGAUAGUUGUCUGGUCAUGGUGUACUUCAAAAUGUAUUUUUUGUGUCUCGUCUCAUAAAUUUACUCCAAAUCGGUUUUUUCAUUACAUAAUACAAUUAUUUUUUUGCAUAGACUAUAUUUUAUUUAUUGCGACUUAUAUUUUCAUUGGAUACUGUGCCUUUAAAAAAAAUUAUUCCGCAUAGCAUUAAAAAAUAAAUAGUAAUAGCGAUUCUUAGAUGUUAAACUAAUAUUAUAGAUGAACAAUUUACCAAAAUGGAAUUUUUUAAUUGUACAUAAAAAUAUCAAUGUCUUUAUAAGUUAACGGGUCCUCACUCAAGUGUGUAAAUAAUACUCAGUAGGCCUAUCUGCCACCAGUAAAAAAUCAAUUGUGGGUGGGUGGGGUGGGGAGUCACUUGACCAUGUUCCUAAACACUACUAAACAGAGUUUGGUUGCUGUCAUCUUUAAGUUUAAGCCUCAUAGAGUCAGUUUCAUUUAACUGAAGUAACAAUAUGUUUUUUAAUAUGCACACUUUGUAUGCAGUAAAACAAUUAUUAUUCUCGUAAUUAUAGACAUAUACAGGCCUAUAUUUUAAUUAAUAAUUUUAAACAUGAUAAUUAGCGCACAUAAAAUAUUUACAAUAAAUUAUUUCUCAGCCUCAGCUGGAUUUUAUUUUUCAGACGUUCACAUAUUACUAUGGCAAAAUAGAACCUGGGUAUAAUUAUUUAGACUAUGAUCCCCUUUCCCACGGUAUCAGAAAUCAAUCUAUAUUAGGUCUAUAUCAUAAAUUAUAAUUCUUUAGCUCUUUAUAAAGACAGCAUUUUGAAACUCUUCUAAAGCUUUUAUAACAUUUUUCAAAUCUUUGAAAGUAUCAAAACAGCAAUUGCAAGCUAAAAUUAUUUCAGGAUUCCUUAUCGAGCCGAGGUGUUGUCACUAAUAUGAACUAGUAAUAAAUGAAUGGGGCGUUACUUUGCUAGCAUGAUUGAAAUCGGGUUUUAAAGUUCCCCUUUUGGUUUCCUUUGAUUGGCUGGACUACAAAUAGCUUGGUAGUAAACUACCAAUAGAUACUUUCUUUAAUUCAAUGCACCAUGUCAUCUAUUAUGAUCGAUCGCAAUAUGAAAUUGAGCUGAGUAAGUGUAGAAGUUACUAGAAGUUCAAUCUUAGCAAAACAAAAUGUAGGAAAACCUGAAAAAACAGAGAUGCUUAAAAUCAACUUACGUGUCAGCAAGAAACCUUCUUCAGCAAACUAACAACGGGCAAAACAAUAAAAAAAAUAAAAAUAAACACUUAGUCUAACUAAGUCUUAGCUGCAGUGUAGUAUCUUAGAAAUAUAAUGUACUUUGUUUCACUCAUUUCCUUUGACCUAACCUGAUUGCUGUCUCUCCUUUUAUUAACUAUAUAACUAAGGAGCUUUUGUGAAGCUUUUGCUCAAUAAUUAUCCUAAUUUAAUUAAAAAGCUGGGUGAAAAUAAAAUAAAUAAUUUUAUUUUAAUUACUAUUUAAUUAAAUUUAUUAUGACAAGUAAAAAGUUGCAUUUGUAUUUUGGUAACAUUUAAACUAUACUUUUAAUAGCUAUUGUGUUAUUUUUUUCCUCAGUAGGUAAUGCAAAAUACUUUUAUGAGUUUUAUUUUAAAAUGUUUAUGAGUGGGGGAUGGGUAUACAGAGCUUUUUAUGGUGUAGUUGGCCAAUGACCAGAAAAAGUUUAAGAACCACUGUUCUAAUUGUUAAUUUCAUGUCAUUAGACAUAAUUAGCUUUUGAAUGUCUUUUCAUUGAAGUUUUUUGGCUUUUCUAAAUCUUCAGUUGUUGCCAAAGUAAUAAUAAGAAUGAUAUGUUACCGUGAUUUAAAAUGUCUUUUAUUUCAGUAUAAAUAUUCCCUUAAACUAGCGAAGCUUUUCAUCAUUCUGGAAGAAUGAAUCAUCUGUCCUCAGUGAAGCAUGUCAUAAUUGUUCUUUCUGGGAAAGGGGGUGUUGGAAAAAGCACAAUGGCAGUGCAGAUAACCAUGGGCCUCCAUGCUGCAGGAAAAAAGGUACAUUUCAGUUCAGUCCUAAAUUUCUAAAAUACAAUUAAAACUAGCAAUAGAAGGGGCCAUCCAUAAAUGAUGUCACUUUAUUUUAGACACUCUCAUAAAUCAUUGUCACAAAUUGGUUGCCCCCCCCCCCACAUAAAUGUGCAUCAUACAGAUUAAGUAAAUAAUCAUCUAUAAAUAAUUAACAACUUAAUUAUCUUUUUUUACUUUAAAUAAAUUGUUUCAUAAUUUGUAUGCUUUAAAAAUAAUUUUUUUCUUGAAUCCAAAGGUUGGUCUUUUGGAUGUUGACCUAUGUGGACCUAGUAUUCCCAAAAUGUUUAAUCUUGAGGGACGUGACAUACACCAAUGUCCAGAAGGGUAUGGAGACCAUGUUACUUACUAUUAGUAUGAAUAAAGCCUUAAUUAUUUUUAUAUUAUUUACUGCAGUGAAACUAUUACUGUUAAUCCUGUGACUGUGAGUUUGAACUCACAGUGAUGAUGUAUAACUAAAUUUGUGAGUUUGAACUCACAGUGAUGAUGUAUAACUAAAUUUGUGAGUUUGAACUCACAGUGAUGAUGUAUAACUAAAUUUGUGAGUUUGAACUCACAGUGAUGAUGUAUAACUAAAUUUGUGAGUUUGAACUCACAGUGAUGAUGUAUAACUAAAUUAUUAACUGUUAAUGUUUAUUCAUCCUGCGACUUACACUCACAGUGAUGAUGUUUUCACUAAAAUUGUUACAAACUGUUACAGCCACUUCUUCACAAUUGAAAUAUCAAGUCCAAUUUUGAGACACUCACAAUAUUUUUUCUCAUGAAACACAAUGAAUAAAUACUCUAGUUUGAUACUGUUGGGAAAAAUUGUCAGCCCUGACAAGCUCUCUCUCAUGGCUUCAUUGCAAAAUUUGAAUGAAAUAAAAUGUUUACUCUGAAAUUCAGAGUAAUUCUCAAAGAUCAUUUUUUACUAGAUUAGAGAGAAUAUGCCUUUUGCCCUGCUUGGGGCAUAGGCCAUCUAAGGCUAUUUACAACCAUUUUGUAUUCAUCAACUUGGCCCUGUGCUUUCCUUUCAAUGGUAAUAAGAGGGAGAGACUGCAAUCAGGUUAGGAUUCUUUCUUCUUUACUUUGUUUCUGUCUGGUUUUUGCACCCACUCUCAUUUUUUCUCUUUUUUUGGUAGGAUAUAUGUAUACAUUUAUUAUGUAGGUUUAAUUUAUACUUAUUUAAAUGUUUUAUUGUUAUACUGAUGAAGGCAUGUGCCGAAACGUUUACUUGUGUAUUAUGUAAAAUUAUUAUUAAAGUUUAACAUAUAUUGCUAUAUUGACACAAAUAGUUUCUGUCUGAUUAAUCUCUCCUAAACCAUAGCGUUUUUAUCAUUUUUUCGUAUCCUUUAUUUUUCGUUCCCAAUUAUAGCAUUUAGAUCUCCCAUUAUGAUAUUAAGAUCUCUACCAGUAAAUUUUUUCUAGUAUUGUUUUUGUAGUCUAUUCAAGAAAUAUACUUUUUUUUCUUCUUCCUUACUAUCGUGGGUGGGUGCAUAGCCCUGUAUUACAUACAUAUUUAUUUUCUUCUUCUUGGUUCUUCUGGUUCUGGUAGUGUUCGUUGCUGCAUCCAUAUACUGGCAUAUGUGCAAUGGUUGGGGAAGCGAUGUUGCUAUUCUAACAUCUCCUAGCAGAUGCCAGUGCAGUCUUGAGGCUUAUGUCCGAUUUCGAGUCCAUGGCGGCAUUGUCCAGGCGGCUCCAAGCAAUUAUUGUUUGUGGGAAGAGUGAUUGUUAUACUGCACUGUGUUACACCGAGGCACAGUGAAGCAUUUGCUAUUGUUUCGGGUGUAAUUGUUUAUGGGGUUGUCAGAUGUGAAGUCAGUGUUCAGUGAAUGUUUCGCUCUGAUUAAUCGUUUGGAAUGUUGCUGUAUUAAUUUCUUGGACCAUCGGUCUCCCAUCCUAGAAAUGCCCCUUGUGCUAUUUGUGACAUCAUGAAGAGAACUCCUUGUGGGUGUGGAACAUUUUCCUCCUUGUGCCCUGAGGAUAUUAGUGUGUCUCCUGAGGCAAAUGUACAGCUUGUAUCCAUCUUGUUUCACAAAUACCAACCAGGGGGAGCUUGUAUGUUCUCAUUUCCAUGCUGGUUUUCCUGUCCAACAUUCUAGGAACCUAUGCUUAUUGCCUAAAGGAGUGUCCUCAACAUGAAGGCUUCUAGUAUCAUCUGGCUUGGCUUGGGGAAGACGAGCCAACUCUUAUCAAGGCUGAGUUUUUUAAAAAAAUUCUUUUUGUUGGCAUUUAUAUAGCAAAUUAUUUUCACCGAUGAGGUAGCUGGCCUAACACCCACCUUCCUCCUUUUGCACACGAGCAAACACACUUUAUACAGACUAAUGAUGAAUUGACCUUAGGGCUUGCCAACACACGUUAUACAGGCUAAUGAUGAAAUGACCAUAGGUCUUGGUAACACACUUAUUUGAAUUGAAUUUAGGUCUUGACAACACACUGUAUACAGAUUAAUGUUUAAUUGUGCUACUUGUAAUUAUGCCUAUAUUAACUGUAUUUUGUAUUCUUCAGAUGGUUGCCAGUGUAUGUUGAUAAAGAGCAAAGAAUAGGUGUGAUGUCAAUAGGUUUUCUGCUACAUGACUUGGAUGACGCUGUUGUUUGGAGGGGACCAAAAAAGAACGGUCAGUUGACAGCAUUUCAGUUUCAUCAAUUAUCCUUUUUUUUUUAUUGUACUGACACAGUCCAUGUUAAUAGCCAUUCUAUUACAUAUAAAUACAUUUUAAAUAUAAAUACAUUUUUACAUAUAAAUUCAUUUUUAUAUAUAAAAACAUUUGUGCAUUUGAAUAAACUUUUCUGUGUCUGUGUACAGCAAUGAUCAAGCAGUUUUUAAGUGAUGUUUACUGGCAAGAUGUGGACUAUCUGAUCAUUGACACACCUCCAGGAACAUCAGAUGAACAUAUCACAGUAAUGGAAGCGUUAAGAGCGUACAACCCAGAUGGUGCCAUACUUGUCACAACACCUCAGGUACUUUACACAAUACCUCAGGUACUUUACACAACAUCUCAGGUACUUUACACAACAUCUCAGGUACUUUACACAGCACGUCAGGUACUUUACACAAUACCUCAGGUACUUUACACAGCACCUCAGGUACUUUACACAAUACCUCAGGUACUUUACAUAAAGUGAAAGUGUUGUUGAAUUUCUUUAAUAUUUCGUCCCCUCAAUUUAACUCAUUCCCUCCGGCAGCGCUGCUUCCGGACUUAAUUUAUUUUCCUGAGAAAAGGGAAGCAACUCAGUUUUGAAAUUGAUUUAUAUUUUUAAAAUAUUUUUUAAAGUUGCUAAAUAUUAUUUAAUGUUAAUGAAUUAAGAACAAAUGCAACAAAAAAUGAAUAAGGUUUAAUAUAAAUAUAACUAUAACAUUAGCGGGGGAAAAAUAACGAAAAAUGGCCAAAAAAAUUGAUUUUCGGCACCUCUGACGAACACAUGGUACAUAUAGACGUGCCGUACUAAAGCACACGUAGUUUUAAAGUGAAACAAGAUAAAAACUUCUGGUUUCUAAAUUAAAAUCAAGCAGAAAUCACGCCAUAGCCGGAAGUCUCGAGGGGUGCGAGAUUUCAUUGCUAUUUUUAACUAAAAAUAAGAGAGGUGUGUCGCUAUGCGCCGGGACGCAUUUGGACGCAUCAGGAGGAACCCCCCAAGGACGCAUUUAGUCGCAACCGUCGGGAAUGAGUUAACUGUUCGUAUGGCUAUCUCUGAUUGGUUUUUUUGGAUUUCAAUAAUAAUCUGAGACCCAUUAAGGGGAUACAAUGAUAACCUUUCAAAAAAAGAGGAGUGACCCUAAACCACUAAACCUCCAUUAAGUACCCCAAACACCACCCCUGAACCACUACCCCUCCAUAGGGUACGCCACCCCUUAACAACUACCCCUCCAUAAUGUACGCCACCCCUAAAGCACUAUCCCUCCAUAAGGUACGCCACCCCUAAAGCAAAAUAUAAAUGAAAGGACUGCUUUCAAGUUUAGUAAAUGAAUGAAAAAGCAAAAUGAGGUAUGUGUGAAGCUUGAAUAAGAUAACAGGACAAAAAAACAAGGACGUUUUGGCAUAAAGCCUUCCUCAGCCAACAGUAGAAAUGAAAAUAUAACAAAGAAUAGAGCACAGUAGACAACUCAAGAAGUAUCCAUUCGUGUCGCAAAGCAAGUAAAACAGGACAUAAUAUUGUAUGUGCGCCUCGUUAACUGAAUUUUGUUCUUUCCCCUUUAUUUGACUCCCUAUGUGACUGUCAUUGACGAGUCUUGUCACGACAACAACAAAAAAGAAGGGACACUAAAGUAAAGGAAGUAAAACAGAAUGAUUCCCCAGUUCAUCCCAGUCUAGUUAACCAAAGUAUUCCCCAGUUCAUCCCAGUCUAGUUAACCAAAGUAUUCCCCAGUUCAUCCCAGUCUAGUUAACCAAAGUAUUCCCCAGUUCAUCCCAGUCUAGUUAACCAAAGUAUUCCCCAGUUCAUCCCAGUCUAGUUAACCAAAGUAUUCCCCAGUUCAUCCCAGUCUAGUUAACCAAAGUAUUCCCCAGUUCAUCCCAGUCUAGUUAACCAAAGUAUUCCCCAGUUCAUCCCAGUCUAGCUAACCAAAGUAUUCCCCAGUUCAUCCCAGUCUAGCUAACCAAAGUAUUCCCCAGUUCAUCCCAGUCUAGUUAACCAAAGUAUUCCCCAGUUCAUCCCAGUCUAGUUAACCAAAGUAUUCCAUGAUGUACAAGAUAAAUAAUGGGCUGGUCCACUGUUCCAGUAUUAAACAGAAACUCGUCCCUCUCCCCCAUAGACAGCGACGAGGCCAUGACAGACAAUUCAGGCUCAUACCAGCAAGAAGCCAGUAUAGGAGCUGCUCAUUCCUGCCCAAGACAAUCAGGGACUGGAACCAUCUUUCAAAAGGAACAGUUGAGGCGACAACACUAGACACAUUUGUGUCUAUUGCCUCAAGCCUUCAAACCCCUAGUGCAUAAUUUCCUCAUCACCACCAGUAAUUUGUGUCUAUUGCCUCAAGCCUUCAAACCCCUAGUGCAUAAUUUCCUCAUCACCACCAGUAACAGAAACAUUGCAAAUCCCAUCUACAUGCAUAGGAGCCAAAAUGAUCAAUAAAUUGAUCGUGGGCCCUUAAGAUAUAGAAGAAGAAGAUUCCCCAGUUCAUCCCAGUCUAGUUAACCAAAGUAUUCCCCAGUUCAUCCCAGUCUAGUUAACCAAAGUAUUCCCCAGUUCAUCCCAGUCUAGUUAACCAAAGUAUUCCCCAGUUCAUCCCAGUCUAGUUAACCAAAGUAUUCCCCAGUUCAUCCAAGUCUUGCCAUAACCUUUGACCUUUUUUUCUCAUAAAGUAACUUCAAUGUAAUGGUUCUUUUCCAUUUAGGCUGUUGCUGUUGGUGAUGUGAGGCGAGAGCUAACUUUCUGUCACAAGACUGGGAUACCCGUUGUCGGAAUAGUUGAGAAUAUGAGUGGUUACGUUUGUCCUCAUUGUUCAGUAAGUACUUGACAUUGUUAUGAUUGUCCACACGUUAUGUUUGUCCACAUUUUUCAGUAAGUACUUGUAUUGUUAUGUUUUUUCCUCACGUUAUGUUUGUCCACAUUGUUGAGUAAGUACUUGACAUUGUUAUGUUUGUCCUCCUUACGUUACGUUUAAACGUAAUUAAAUAUUCAACUAAAUUUCUUACAUAUUAAUUACACUAAACAUUUUGAACAUUCAUUUAAUAUUUACAUAAAAAGGACACCCUGAAAAGUUCCAUUGCUGAUUGGCAAAGUCGAUUUAAAAUUUUGUGAGUUAAUCCUCGAACUGUAGUUGGCCGAUAUUCUUGUUCUGUACUGUGGCUGCCGAUUAAAAACACGGUCCGAUAGCAACUUCCAAUCCAAUAUUUAACAGGAAUUAUAACCACUUCCUUUUAUUAAUAAUUAAAUCAUCUUCCGGGUCAAGCUGUUUGUUGAUAACUUAACAAUAAGUACUUUCGAAUCGGAGUUUUAUAUCGCGUUCUUUUUUAAAGCUAAAAUGGUUGAAGCCAUGGCUGGGCCUUCAGUACAAGAACUAAUAGAAAUAUGUUUGAAAGCUUUUUAGGAGAGGAUUUAAGUAAUACUGAUGAUGAUUUGAACAUUCCCCAUGACGAUCUCAGUUCAGAUUGUAUUUCUCAUGAAUUUUAUACUAGUCUUAGUGAUACUGAAGUAGGCCUACUGUUUUUCUUUGAGCAAGGCCCGGAGGUUGGGCAAGGACUAAAUUUUAGUCACAGAAGCUACAGAUUAUAGAUCAGAACUAAUAAAUGUUAUAGACAGACAACCCAAAUCAGUUCCACGGUUCCUUUUUAAAUGUAUACUUGUCAAUAAUAACUUUUAUGCCUGAGAUUUUGUAUGUUGUACUUGAUUUUAGCUGUGGUCCCAGUUUUUUAUUUCUUUCAGUUAUAAGUGAUAUUAAAAAUUACUAAAAUUGCUUUCAGAGAUGUAAUUGUUAUAAAAACCUAAGCAAACUAUACAUUUUCUAAAAGAUAAAUGAAUUUGCUUCAACAUUUAGAUUAGUUUUUUAAGUGUAUCUAUAAAAAUUAAUGAUGUUAUGAGCACUUGAAAGCAAGAUAUUUGGUUGAUUUUUUUUUUCUGUAGCACUCCAAGGUCAAGGACACAGCAAUUGUUUAUACUGGAUGGGCAAUAUGGCCAAUUUUAUCCCCAUCCAUUUACCUUUCUAAAAAUAUAUCCUUAUGGGGGUCUUGCAUCAAUACUUCUAUGUUGUUUAAUGGAAUUUCAAAAGGCACUCAAAAAGCUCUGAAAAGCUGCCACACUACAGAAUGAUGCAUGCCACAGUUAAUGAGGGUUAAUGAAGUUGAAACUUAUUUUGUUUUUGAAACAGUGUUUCAAUGAUAGGACAAUAAUGGCUUUGUCAAAUACUUACCAGAAAUAAAGUAUUUUUUAAUGUUCUCUUUUGUCAGUUUCUACUAAAUAAAAGUUGUGUUAAGCGAGGAUCGUUUUGAGCUUAUUAUUAAUAACUCUUUGGAACUUGAAACAUUUAAAUUUAGAGGAAUGUGUCACAGCUUGUGUGGGUAACUAGAAUAUGUCAAUUAUUUUUAAUGCUUUGUUAUUUAUCUUUUUGACAGGAGUGCACAAAUAUUUUCUCAACUGGUGGAGGUAAAGCUUUAGCCCAUCAGAAUAAUGUCCCUUUUCUUGGUAGGUUGGAAUAUUCCAUUGUUAGGUUUUAUUUCUGCUGGGUUUGUCAUCAAUCCAUGAUGGUUUUAUAUUUGAAAAUGGCAACAACAAAAAAUCUCAACUUAUCAUAGCAUCAUAAGUCAAGUUGACUUUGAUUUAAAAGCACUGUAAAUCAAGUUGACUUUGAUUUAAAAGCAUUGUAAGUUAAGUUGACUUUGAUUUAAUAGCAUCAUAAGUCAAGUUGGCUUUGAUUUAAAAGCAUCAUAAGUCAAGUUGACUUUGAUUUUUAAAAAUUAAUUUCAUUGUUUGUUUUUUUGUUGUUUUUUUUUGUGUGGAUCCAUUAGCAUAAAUUUCACUGAGCCAUAUGAUCAGUCCUGUAUAUUCCAUUUAGACAGCAGAUUGACAGUGUCUUUGUCUGUCCACAGGAAGCAUCCCCAUUGACAGGCACCUGACGCUCAGCUUGGACACUGGAAAAAACUUUUUAGAAUCCAACCCAGGCUCCCCGGCACUGUCAGCAAUAAAUCACAUGAUCCAAAAGUUGAUUGCCAUCGACAAAGAUUUGCCUUAGCCACAGUUUGGUGACAGAAAGAGCACAGCACUGUUGCAUGUUACAAGACCACACAACAUUGUAGUGUAUUAUAAGACCAUAAUAUGUUGUAUGUUAAAAGAUCACACAACAUUGUUGUAUAUUAUAAGACGAUAAAAUGAUGUAUGUUAUAAGACCACACAACAUUGUAGUGUAUUAUACGAAUAUAACAUGUUGUAUGUUGUAGGACAAAACAACAUUGUAGUAUAUUAUAAGACAACAUAUUUUGUAAUCUUCUUUCAAUCAGAGCAACGUGAGUGCAGGUCAUGACUUGAGAUUUAAAUUCCUUGAUGGGAAGUCAUGACUUGAGAUUUGAAUUCCUUGAUGGGAAGUCAUGACUUGAGAUUUGAAUUCCUUGAUGGGAAGUCAUGACUUGAGAUUUGAAUUCCUUGAUGGGAAGUCAUGACUUGAGAUUUGAAUUCCUUGAUGGGAAGUCUAAUCAAUGACUUUCAAUUUUUAAAUGUAUCAGCUCUUGAAUUUAAAUUUUUUUUUUUAUAAAUGAUAAAGUACACAUCAUCAUUAGGACUUGUGUUGUAAUGUAGGCAAACUGAUUGAUCAGUAGGUCUAACUUUAUAAUACAAUGUCACCAUGUGAACAUUUAAGACUUGUGUUGAAAUGUAGGCUAACAUAUUGAUCAGUAGGUCUGGCAUUAUCAUACAAUGUCACAACUUGAACAUUUAAGACUUGUGUUAAUGUACUGCCAGUAAAUCACAUCUAGCAUACUGCUGUAGUUUCUUGACAAAGCACAUUUUAUGUUACAACUAUGAUUUGAUUGUGAUGACUUUGAUUGAUUGUGACAACUAUGAUUGAUUGUGAUGACUAUGAUUGAUUGUGACGACUAUGAUUGAUUGUGACAUCUUGAUUCCAAAAGCUCCUUAUAAAUUAGUGAGAACUUAAAAUGCUCUUGAAUUUAGAAUUAUUUUAUUAAUGAUAAAUUCCACACGAUCAUUAAGACUUGUGUUAAAUAAGUCUUAAUGAUAAAUUCCACACGAACAUUAAGACUUGUGUUAAAUAAGUCAAGUCUUGUCAAGGAGUUACCAAUGUUAAUGUUAGGUUUGCCAAUGUUAAUGUCACGUUUGCCAAUUUUAAUGUUACGUUUGCCAAUUUUAAUGUUAGGUUUACCAAUGUUAAUGUUUAGUUUUGCCAACUCAAAAUCCUGUCAAAAGAUUAUCUUUGUAACUGUAACCAUGGGACAAUGAUUAUAUCAACAUGUCACAUAAUCAAUUUACAUUUUGUUACUUUAUGAAUAACACCAAUUACUCAAUAUGUAAAUUAUAUAAAUAAAAUAUUGUGUUGACAAAUCCUCCAUUUUCAGAUCGCUAGAAAGAUGUGUGUG